AUGGCCACAAGGAAUUGUGAUAACACUUCUCAUCAUUCCUCCAUUGCCUUGCUACAAGAGAGGUUUCGGCAAUUGCAGAGAGCUAAGGAGAUGAGGGAAGAGAAAGAGCUUCUAAGAUUGUUGUCCGAAUCGGAGAGAAGUAAUCCAACGAAACGCUACGAGCCAGCAGGGUUUUCUUUCCGCUCUGAGUCUCUACUUCCUCAUAAACAAACUUCUCAUCAAAGCUCUGUCUACCACCUUCAACCAAACUUGCAAAGCAAGCAUGGUAAUCUUCAAGCCACUGAUCACACCACUUCAAUCAUUGGAAACAUUACCUCCACAAGUGCAGCCAUGAACAAUAGAACAUAUAAUUUGGAUGGUUCAGAUGUUGACACUUCUCUUCACCUGUGA